CUCUCCAAUCGAGUUUGGUUUCUCAGCUUUCUUUCCAGUCGGAAUUUAUUCUUAUCAUAUCAGUUUAUUUUUCAUAAAGUAUCAAGCAAUAUCAAUCAAUGUAUAAAUCAUAUUAAACAAUAACCAAAUUUUUAAAAUGGGAGCAGAAGAAUUAAACGACGAGUUUGAGGCUAUUGAAUCGAUAUUUCCUAAUUGCCUUCAAAGGUUGGGCUCAAAUAUGAUCAAUUUAACUCUCCCAAAUGUUUUAGAUUGUCAGAUAAGAAUAUCUUUCAAUGAUAACUACCCAGAAAUAGACAAACCACAUAUUAUUUUUGUGAAAUCAACUAAUAAGUACAUUGAAGAGACACAUCUUAAUGAAAUAUCCAAUAAAUUAAUGGAAUCAAUUUUUCAAGUGGGUGAAGUUUGUUUGUUUCAAUUUAUCGAUGAAUUGGAUCUGGAGUUGUUCAAAACCGAAGAAAUUAAAAAAAAUUCUGAAGUUAGAAGAAAUUCUGAAAAAUCUCAUGAUUUGGAUAUUGUUGAAGAUGAAAAUUCUGCAAAUGAAAGAGAAAACAACAUUUUAAAAAACUGGGCAGUAUCUGACCCAAUUACAGAUCGAAACUCCACUUUUAUUGGUUUCGCGAGAGAAGUUCAUUCAGAAAUAGAUGCUAUUUUAUAUCUACAAGAGUUGCGAAAAAUUAGAAAAAUUUCUAAAUCUACUCAUCAAAUGUCAGCUUGGAGAAUUAAAAACUUGAAUGGAACUUUAGUACAAAAUUGUGACGAUGAUGGCGAAAAUGCUGCUGGCGGAAGACUACUUCAUCUUUUAACUAUAAUGAAUGUAUGGAACAUUAUUAUUGUUGAUGUCAGAUGGUAUGGAGGAACUCUUUUGGGAUCAGAUAGAUUUAAACAUAUAAACACAUCUGCAAGAAAUUCUCUAAUCAAAGGUGGUUUUGCUCAAGAAAACCAAAAAAAAAAGAAAAGAAAGUGAAGUUAACCUAUUUGAGUUUCAUGGCAUUAAAACCUACCUAUUUAAAAUAAAGAACAAUUGACAGAAGUUUAUAAAUUUAUAGUAUAUUAUAAUCAAUUGGAGGUUUUUGUUUAAUAUAAUUUGUUAUACAUGAAUGAAAUUUAAGUAAGUUGAAAAUACCUCUCAAUUACACAAAUUUCAAAUCCAAAAUUCCAUAAGACUUGAGUUGUUUUAUUGUUUUUGUUGCCAAAUAAAACAACAUAAUAGUUUAAUUACGAUUCACUGAAAUGAAAUAUUAUAAUUUGAAAGUUCAUACAUUCAUAUAUAU